AAACACGACACCCCGAGGACUGAGAGACGCACGGGGGGAGGAGAGAGUAGCACUGAAUGGUGUUAGAGAGAGUGGAGGACUUAAAAAAAAGUCUGUAAAGAAAGAGAGGUUCCUCUCCAACGUUCAUUUCUGUCAAAGAACAAAGCGAGAUGUCAAACAGCGACGAAGAUGCGGUUGAGACGGAGUAAACAGCUACCGGACAGUUAGCGAAAGAACUUGUUAAAAGAGAGAGAGAGAGAGAGCCUUUACGGCUGGCUCGAGUCGUUUUCCGCCGCAACUUGGGCAGAUUUGAACGCUGCCAGUUACGGGACGAGAAGCGAGGACCAACAGCGAGGUCUUGACCGCUGAAAGGCAAGCCAUUCGGUCGGUUUGGUCGGUUGGCAGAGAUCCGCUGAAACGGACCGAGAGUGCGCGGUGGCCCGAGAAGAGAGAGCCGCUGAAGCAGCAGCUACAAAAGUUUGCCGUAUAUUCACCCAGUUUUCCAGAUUGGGAACUAGAGGGGGGAGGAAGAGGCCGAGAGACGGGCUUUUCUUUCCACAAGCAACUUUGUGGAAUUCAUCCUGUUGACCAAACUUUAACCGCUUGCUGUCUAGCUAAGUAGCUAAAGCAGAAAAAAAUGAAAACACCUGGAGAUAAUGGGAUCGCCUUCCCAGAAUGGGCUUACAAGCCUGAGUCGAGUCCCGGGUCCAGGCAGAUCCAGCUGUGGCACUUCAUCCUGGAGCUGCUCAGGAAAGAAGAGUAUCAUGAUGUCAUCGCCUGGCAGGGGGACUACGGCGAGUUUGUCAUCAAGGACCCGGAUGAAGUGGCCCGGCUGUGGGGAGCCAGGAAGUGUAAACCCCAAAUGAACUAUGAUAAGCUGAGCAGGGCACUCAGAUACUACUACAACAAGAGGAUCCUCCAUAAGACCAAAGGGAAGAGGUUCACCUAUAAGUUCAACUUCAAUAAACUGGUUUUGGUCAACUACCCCUUUAUCGACAUGGGCUCCACUGGAAGCAGCGUUCCUCAGAGUGCCCCUCCUGUCCCCUCUGGUGCAGGGACUCACUUCCGCUUUCCUCCCUCAACGCCCUCCGAAGUCCUCUCCCCGAACGAGGAUCUGCGCAGCCCCGGUGGCAUGUUCAGCUCUGUGGCCCGACGAAUGGCACGAGGCUCCGUCAGCGAUUGCAGCGACGGCACCUCUGUCAAUUCUGAGAUUGAGGAAGGCAACACUGGAGCGGCGGAGGAGAGGGGAGAGAGGGGUGUGAGUGGAGGAGGAGGAUCUGGUGGUGGAGGAGGAGGUUACCGGAGUAUCAUCCAUCCCCGUCUGUCUCAUGAAGCCCUGUUCCGCAUGUAUGGAGGACCGGGUAACCCUGCAGGGCACCCAGGCUCCCGUGGUCACACAGGGCACCGGAUCCACCCAGAUUCCCUGUCGCCCUUCCCCGUGUCCCCUCUGCCAGGGCCAGGAGGAGCUGGCCUCCUAGCCCCUCCUCUGUCCCCAGCGCUCUCCAUGACCCCGACAUCUCACCUCCCCUACACCCCCUCUCCCACCCUGUCACCCAUGUUAGGCUCCCACUUCUCCUUUAACCCAGAGGACAUGAAGCGCUACCUGCAGGCCCACACCCAGUCGGUGUACAACUACGGCCUCAGCCCCAGAGCUUUCCUCCAUUACCCCAACAUCGUCAUCCCUCAGCCCCACCGGCCCGCCGCAGACAAGGCUGGUCUGAGCGGAGAGAGAGUAGCUGCCGAGAGAGCAGAAAGAGCAGCGACUGCAGGGGGGGGAGAGAGGGGAGGAGAACGGCACCACCAUCCACCUCUGGCUCACUCUGCCCACCACCACCCACAUCCACCUCAUUCUGCCCAUCCUCACACCCAUUCUCAUCCCAUGCAUCACCCACUCCACCUGGGUGAGGAGCCUCCACACAUGUCUCCCUUCAAGUUCAAGUUGCAGCCACCGCCACUGGGUAGGAAGCACAGGGAGAGUCAAAGCCAGAGUAAACCCAGGCAGAGCUCACUGUCCUCAGGAUCUGGGUCCAUGUCGUCUACCUCUGGCCUGGGUUCCUCGCUGUCAUUCGGCAGUGACCUGAGCUCAGCCAGCGGCUCAGGCCUCAUCUCUGCCUCCUCCUCAACGCAGUCUCUAAACAGUGCAGGACUUCCCAAGAUAAAGGUGGAGCCCAUCUCUGAUAUCGAGUCAGAGGAAGAGGUGGAGGUGACCGACAUUAGUGACGAGGACCCAGAUGAGAGGGAUGAGGAGUUUGAACUCUUUUCCCCUCGCCACUCCAGAGCCCCUGACCACCACCACCGCCAACACCACCAACACCACCAACACCUUGCUAACGGCACAGUCGCGCCCCAACAUCACCCCCAUCCUGAUGAGGACCUGGACGAGGAUGUCUUCAAAGCCCCUGCUCCGCCUCCACCUGGCCUGAUGCCCUUCUUCACCUCGCAGCACACACACUCCAGUCCACUCCAUCGCAUGCUGCCCACUCUUAAGAGUGAACCCACCGAACCAGGGGACAGUAACACACCCCCACCUCAGACGGGCUCGGCGGGAGCGUCACAGACAAAGUGCAUCCCCCUUAAGCUGCGCUUCAAGAGGCGCUGGAGCGAAGACCAGCGCAUGGAGGCCUCACAGGAGGAGUCCGACGACAAGAAAGUACGGCCAGAGGAGGAGAGGGAAAGAGGGAGGCAAAGUAAUGGACGGAUGGAGAUGGAGGAGGAUGGGACAUGCAGUGGAGAAGGGGACAGUCCUCCCCCAUUGGCAUACGAGGGCUCUUUAGCCACACCGUUGGCCUCACAGCGUAGGGUGAGCGCUGAGCUGCAUCGCGCCACUGCACAGCUGUCUCUGGAGAACAAAGACUGCUGAUGAGAGACAAAGCCCAAACACUACUGCUCCAGUAGCACUAGAGGUGGCACAGGAGUAUGUAAAUGGUUCCUCUGUGAUCCCUCUCCCACACUGACAAACUAGAUUCCUGAAACCUCCAGUGAACUGAGAGCACAGUCCAACAUACACACAUAGAAAACCAACAUCUCAAAGACAGCCUGACUCUUGUUCUGUCAGACGCCCCACCAAUCCUGGAUCAAGGCUCUUCUGGGACACAUCCUUUGGGAGGUGGGACUCACUCAAACUCAUCCCAGGCAAAGUGACUGUAACAGUGCUGAAAUCAGAAGGAGGCUCCCUCAUGAACUCGGCUCCAAGUUCACCUCCCACCUAGCCAGUGAAGCUACAGAUGCCCUGCCCCAGUAGCACAGCUCCUGCCUUUAGGCCCCAUCAAUAGGAUCAGCAGCCACUCAGCACUUUCCUGAGGGGACACACACCCCCUAAAAACCCAGCAACACACAUAGGAUGAGGAUGUGCACACUCUCUUAUGUUUUAUUUUCCUAUAAGCUGACGGGACUUUGAUAAGUGCCUGUAUCUAAAAACCCACAGCCCUGGUGUGACAUGGAAGAGAGCAAAGAAAGGAGAGGACUGCUACGAGUAAUCCAUCUUUAACUCAUGAAACCCUUGUAAAGUUUGGCAGAUAUUGAAAAAUCACGGGGGGGAAAAAAGGAAAGUGUGUCUCUGAGCAUGAAUAGUGGGGCUGUUGGGUGUUGUCUAACUGACUCUUAAACCUGGCCCACUCCACUCAGGGAAGCCUAUUGCUGUAUGUUUAUUGGAUUCAUGCACACAAACACACACAAGCAAAAAAAAAACAGCCAACAGUGAAGGGGACUCACAGUGAAAGCAUUGCUUAUGGACACUUAACAAUGUUCACUGUGACGCAAGACUCAACACACAUUCACAUUUACACAUCCACAGACUUUGACUCUGGCACACUGUUCUCUCAGAGCUUUUGACUUUUAUAUAACCUUCUUUCUGUCUCUCCUGUCCUGCCCCUCUUUCUCUUGCGGACCACCUGUGGAAAGAUCAUGACUCCACUCACAGAAAUAAUUUCAACCCCAGGGAGAUGUGAGGAGAGGAAAAGAGAAGAAUGAAGAAGUACUUCAGCGUAGAGAAAGGACUGCUGAGGGGACCACAAGGGGAAGGCAGCAGGGGGAGGAAGGAUUUGAGGGGUUCAAGUAACUGUUAACUAGCCUUCUCACUUCACCUAACAUGGCUUGUACACUGAAAAUAGUUUCUCUUAAGUCCCAGCAGCACAGAAUCCUCGUUCACCAGCUGAAGCUCCUCUAACAAUCAUAGAUAGUGUUAAACUAAACCAGCAAAAACACACACACACACACACACACACACACACACACACUGCCUCUCUAUGCCUUGUUUUUAUAGCAUGUACAAAAGUGCAAACUGAGCUCUAAUAACACACACAUACAGACUAUAUCUUUAUAUAUUCUAAAUGAAAUUAUUAAGAAAGUGAGAUUUUAAGAAGAACGAAAGCAUUUUAAUGAUAUGAUUGAUUUACAUUUUUUUGUAAGUGAAUUAUUUUGAAUGGUAAGACAUGUCAUGCCACUCACUGGGUAAUAUGGUAUGGAGAUGGGGUGGGCAGAAUGAAGCGGGGUGGGGGUCCGGGUUCUUCUUGUAAAUUUGUCUUAUAGAAAAACAAGCCAGAGAAGAACAGCACAGGCCAGUCUACCAGAACAAGACCAGCUAGAAAAGGAAAAAACAGGACUCAAACAGACUGCUAAUGAUUCAGAUGUGUGGUUCACUCUGCUGUUCACUUCAUUUGCAGUAGCUUGCCCUUUCCGCAACACUCUGCUCUUUCCUGUCUGUACAGUCUCGCUCAGCUCAGUGGGGUUCUCCCCAACCCAAGCUGUCCUGGCCCCAGGCCACCUCUGUGUGUGUGUGGGUGUGCUCAUAGUUAGCUCGUGGAUUAUAAAGAAGUAAUCCUUUCCUGUCUUUUAGGCCAGUUAGCAUAAUGCUUCAAAGUUCACAGCAGCUCUGGAUUGGGAGUAAAGGGGUUCAUCAUUACUGUAAGAUAGCCUGGAAAUGGGAGGCCCUGUCUUUAAAGGCCCUCUCCUCAAACUAUGCACAUCAAAUUAUUAUACUUGUGAUUAUGUUUUAACAUCCUGGAACUUUUCGUCUCUGCGGCAAGUACAUCCAGGCGUCUGAUUGGUUAACUGAGCCAUGUUGACCAGUGGCCGGUCCCUGCCUGACAAGCGACAAGACGGAUCUAUAGCAGCAAACUGUGAGAUAGAUGGCCUCCAGGCUGUCUGUGUAGCUGAGCUGAUUGAAUUUCCUCAUCAGACCCCUGUGGUCUGGACUGGAGCAUGUCACAACACGCGCACACGCACGCACACACACACACACACACACACACACACACACACACCAAGUCCUGUGUCUGUAUUUAAACUGACAGCUGCCUUAUUACUACUUUUCAUAUCUCAGCAACAGAUGAGACAUCAGUCUUACCUGCUCUGCACUCUUUCUCUCUUUUUUCUGUUUAAUUUUUCCUCACUCUGUUUGAGGCAUUGUCUGACUUCCUGCAAAUUGCGGCGUGAUCUGAGUCAGUCAUGAUAUUGCAGGGUGAAACGAUUGAUUGUAACGCAGACUCUCUCACAUCCUGUUUCAGGCUCUACAGUCAAAGAACGGUAGAUAAACAGCACAAAGAUUACAUUUCUCUAUCAAAAGAAAGGUUUCUCAGUUUAUUUUUCUGAUGUCAAUAUUGCUAUUGAUUAUUGUUGUUAAUAUUGUUCUCAUUGGGUUAUUUACCUCUCCACCUGGCAUUAUUAUUAUUCCAUGGCUCUGUUAGCUGUUGCUUUUUUAUGUUGUGUUGCAUCACUUUGGAUGAUGUGGAAUCCCCCCAAACUUUCCCUGUUUCAAACCUUUCAAAGCCCCCAACCAGAGACCUUUUUCUUGUCUUUAGUUUUUACAAAUGUAAUAUAACUAAAAUGUGUAAUAUUAAUUUUGAUGCUGACAGAGAAAUAACAUCAGGACUGAGAGGAAAUGGCAGUGGUGGAGGAUUAUAUUUAGGGGCAAAGGGGGAGUGAUUUUAUCUAUUUUGUCAUGUAUUGUAAUUUUUAUUUUAUAAUGUUACCUUUUUUUUCUCUCUUUGCUUCUGUAUAUUUUUUCAUUUGUUUUGGAGGGGUGGGGGGUUGUAUCAUUUUAAAAGAAGAAAAAAGAUGUGUAUUGUUUGACUGUGUAUCUUCUCCCUCUUUCAGUCUCUCUUCUUUCGCCUUGUCUCCCUCGAGCAGUUACAUAACACUCAGAUGGAGAGAUGGGAGUUAAUACCAUGAUGUAACAUUGAAUUUCUCCACUUCUUUCGUGUUUUUUUUUCAAACUUGUAAUUAAGCUGUAAUCAGGGUUAAUUAAAACCGUUUGAAACCCAA